AUGCCGGAGCUGAAUGUGAAGGGCCCUGCUAUUUCUAAAAAGGGCUUUAAAAAAGCUGUAACUAAGACUCAGAAGAAGGAAGGGAAGAAGCGCAAGAAAGCCCGCAAGGAGAGUUACUCAAUUUACAUCUAUAAGGUGUUGAAGCAGGUGCAUCCUGACACAGGCAUCUCAGCCAAGGCCAUGAGCAUCAUGAAUUCUUUUGUCAACGACAUCUUUGGACGCCUUGCAGCUGAGGCGUCGCGCCUGGCGCAUUACAACAAGCGCACGACCAUCACGUCCUGGGAUAUCCAGACGGCCGUGCGCCUGAUGCUGCCUGGGGAGCUGGCCAAGCACGCCGUGUCUGAGGGCACCAAGGCCGUCACCAAGUAUACCACCUCCAAGUAA